CUCAUGGCCCUGCAGGACACUUUGCAGGACAUGAUGCGAGGGGAUGACGCACGGGUUUUUGCCUCCAUCCCGUGGUCUGCAAAUGUUUGCUACAUGGCGCGUUGGGUGCGCCGACAUCAGAUGGGAUCCUUGGUGGCAGAGGGUGGCCACCAUCGUCCAUAUCAUGGAGCCCGUGAUGCAGUUGCUCCGACGGAUGGAUCGUGGAGGGCAGUUCAUGUCGCUCAUGCUUGAGUGGGCACAGGAUCUUGUGCAGCGGGUGAAGGAGGCAUGCGCUCUCUUGGGGUCUUCGAUCGCAGACCGGAUCAUCAGGCGUGUGCAGGCAUGCUCGCAGCACAUGCUAGAGUCGACCCACUGCGCUAGGUUCUUACUGAACCCCCACAGGCGACAUGUUCGAUAUUUUUUCGGCGAGGUGCAGGAAUACCAUGCUCGGCUUGUGAGGCAAGCCAAGAGGUACAUUCUGACGCAGACGGGUUUUGAGUUGGAGGGUGCGGAGUACCUCCUUGCCUGCCGGCAGUUCGAGGACUUCCACAUGCAGCAGGACAGGUUUGGUGAUUGGGGUGGGGCGGAGGGGCGUGCUCGUGGGCGCGCGUGUAGCAGUGACGCCAAGACGAUCGAGUGCACGCCUUGGUGGUCCCAGUACGGGGCUGGCGCCCCUGAGUUGCAGUGGUGCGCUCUUCGUGUGAUGCACAUGUGGUAUUGCACCUCUCUAGCGGAGAGGAACUGGGCAGUCCACGAUGGCAUCCACACGAAGAAGCGUAAUAGGUUGGCCUUUGAGAAGGUCGUGCAGCUCGUUGAGUAUCGGCGGGCAGGAUGCGGUUACGGAAUGACGGCGGCGGAGAGACGUGCUUGCAUUUUCCGUUCGUACCCCUGGGACGAUGACUCGAAUGAGGAGCCUACACCCGAGGGAGUAGAUGACCCUGCGCUGCCCAUCCCGAGUGAGAUUGACGAGACACAUGAGGAGGCCAAUGAUGCCGAGGUGAGAACAUACACGGCAUGGCGGGCAGCGGACCGGGCAGAGGAGGAGAUGCAGGGGGGGGAUGAGGAUUUAUGGGGCCCUUUCGGGGAGGUGGCUUCCACGGGUGAUGUGCGUCCUGACAGAGGCGGGGCCUCUCAUGCCGACACGACCCGCACAGAGGCGGGGAGACCGACUCCUCCUCCAGCCGGGCGAAAGCCGGCCGUUCAGCCACCUCCUGCGCCGAGUCCUGCACCGCCCAUCCCCGUCUCGCCUCUUCAGCCAACCACUACACAGGCGGAGACGGAGGAGUUGGCAUCCUCCCUGCCUCCGCACGGGGUUCUCCCGAGAUCGACGGUGGUUCGACAGCUGAGGUUACGAUCACCUUCCCCGGGGGUAUUACAGGAGGAGGGGGAUGUGGCAGCAGCAGCGCAGGAGGCACCAGCAGUCUCGACAGUGAGGGAGGAGGUGCCAACACAGGCGACGACUGAGGAGGAGGUAGCGGCAGCGGCGCCGUAGGAGGCUGUUCCUAUGGAUCAUGACAGUGUGGACACCGAUGAGCAGCUCGUGCGGCGCUUCAUCA